CCGGCCUUGUACAUAUCACCAUGCCAGAUGCACGACACCUCCCUGACGAGAUUUUCGUCAACAUCUUUGAAAACUUCGCCAUCCCUGCCGAGGCCCUCUCUACUACGUUUGGCGACCGCCAUUGGGCAGAAAACGGGGCCAGGCGAGCGACACUUGCGCGCGCAUGCCAGGCAUCCCACCGGCUGCGCCGCGUUGCCGAGCCCAUCCUGUAUCGGCGCCUAGUGCACGGUUCGCACAACCUUCUUGCUGUUUUUUGCAGCCGUCCGGCGCUGGGCGAGCACGUACGUCAUAUCCUGUAUGAUGGAUGGACCCUCGAGAAGAGCCGGGACAUGAUGCGGGUCUACUCUCCCACGGUCCGGAAGAUCGCGAGGGACAAGUACCAGUCUCGAGCCCUUGACAGGCUGCUUGAGCGCACCUGGGACUGCAGUGGCAAUCAUGAGGACGCCCGCCUGGAUAAACCGUGUGACUACUUUGCUUCACAGGGCUACACGAUGCUCCUCCCCUUGAUUCUGGUCCUGACGCCUAACCUUGAGACCUUGACCCUCCUACAGCGGGACCUAGACCAGUCCGACACGCUGUCGCGGCUCUUCAACUUUUGCGGCCGUCGUCUCGAAUGCUCGGGGGGGCUGUCAGAUUUCGGAGAUGGCCAGACACAAAUACAAGCUCUGCCACUGUCCAAGCUCCGCGCUUUGGCCACGGUCGGCGGAAGCACGAGGUGGCCUAAAGAGGUAGACUCAACCGAAGACCAGGCUAUAGUGUCGCUGAUCUUCUUUCCCGGACUGAAGAGCUUCUCGUCCUCCGCCCUCGACUGGGCCCCGAUCUCAUCCGUCCAAAGGCUCAACGAGGCCCGCACGGACGAUGCCUUUAUGAUGGACCUCACCGACCCCAGAGCUCAGCACUACCACGAGCACGACUAUGAGGACAUCGACAACCCAGACGACAAGGGCAACGCACUGUUCCCGCCCGCACACGGCUCACACCCGAACCUGGAGCAUCUCGCCCUGGUCAAGUCGAGCGGGUCGUCCGCUGCUGACCUGCGCGAGGUCCUCCUGGUCUUCCCCAGCCUGCAGAGCCUGGUCCUGCAUUUUGUAGUCUUUCGAGACCGCGAGAAGCUCGACUUUGCCCAGUACGGCAACACGCUGCGCGACCCGGCUACAGACGCGGCGCACCUGCGCCGGUUCGAGCUCGAGCCCGCGCUGUACGAGGCCCGCCUUUUCGGGUCCGGGCUCGACCCGGAGAUGGCAGACAUCUCGGAGAAGGAAGAUCAGGGCAUCAUCGGCUCUCUCCGCGACGCGAUGCCGUCGCUCGAGCAGCUGCGCGUCCCGCUCGCGGCGCUGGUAGGCAUCGGUGCAUCUCCCGGCGCGGAGCUGGACCUGUGCGCAGUCCUGCCCGCGAGCCUGCGCUGGUUCUGGACCGCCGUGACCGUGGCUGGAGACGCUGGUGCCCAUCUUGACGCGCUGGAGAGGAUGCUUGACGAGGCCGAGCACAGGUUGCCUGCGCUUGAAUGGGUACUGGUCCGGCUUCCUGUGAACCACGAGAUUCUCUGCUUCGAGUGCAGCGACUUUGUCGCAACUAGGGUUGGGGAUCAACAUGUGCUGUAUCAGAAGAGGACGGUGGCUGUGGGCACUCCGCCAGGCUGGGAGCAUGAGGAGGUUGAGCACGUCGUUUUUUUGCCCUAGAUUGUGUGUGUAACGGAGGGUCCUUUUUCUUUUCUUUUCUUUUCUUGGUAGCUUGUUGGUGAUUCAUUUUCAACAUAUUUACAAACUCGUGCCGGACUGUCGCCAAACUUGAUUGCAGGUCCCUCGUGAUCCACAACAAGUCGGGGAUUUUUCUCUUCGCACGCAUCCAAGUUCCGCAGCAUCUACCUCUCCCGUGCCCACCUGCUUUAUAUUCCAGCAGGAGUUGAUCACCCAAUAUGCACAGGCCAGCCUAGGCACAACCAUGCACCGCCUGGAUGGGGC